AUGGUUGUCAACGCCCCUAUCGCCGGGCCAAGUGCCGUCAAGCGGCCCUCGUCUGCUCUCGAGGAUGAAUGUGCUCCCAGCUGGGACAUGGCUCCGUCCAUGAUGCCUCCUCUGCGCCCCUCUUCGUUCCAUCUCCCCUUUGCCCACUACGCUAUGGUCUACCUCGACAACAUGGGCCGCCUUCGUACAUCCGAGUCUUCGUCGAUCCAAGAACAGGGUGGCACAGUCUUGACUCCUGAAGUGCGCGAACGUUUCUUGGAGAUUCUCGGUGGUCGCAUUGGCUACCAACGCCCUAUGAUGCGCCGUUCCUCUCCCUUCCGCGGUACCCCUAUUGGCUAUGGCUACGCCCACCCCGAGGAAAUGCAUGGCUUGGCUCAGUCCCGUCGAGUCCGCCGUCGCCGCGCUUCCCACGACUUGCAUGAAGACUACUUCCCCGAGCCCGUUGAAGAGAUGACCCCCUCCACCCCCGACAUGGUUGGUCUUGAGGUUGGAGACACCGAGAAGGUCCUUGCCUACUAUGAGAGCGCCUUGAAGCACUUCCAGCAGAUCAACUGUCGCCAGAUUGCCAAGGCCUUUAUCAAGUUUAUUGAGCCCCGCAAGCAGGUUAAGCACCCCUAUAACGGAGGCAAGCCUCCUGCUGGUGCUCCCCCGGGUCAGAAGGGUGACCCCGAGAAGACCAAGCCUGAUUGGUGGCCUGCUGGUGUCCAGCACAAGGAGCCUGAUCACCUUAAGAAAGAGGAACGCCUUCAACUUCUGAUCCACAUCAUGCGCAAGCUUGGCCGCUGGGGCAUUACUUCUGAGAAGUUGAGAGAAGUCGCACAUGACUCUAAGCGCUCGCUCAGAGGCCCUGAAAAGCUUGAAGAGAUGGAGGAGAUGCUCAAGGUGCGGAAACUGGAAGAGCGCUACGAGCGCGGCGAAGUUGACGGAAACACCACUGUCUUCAUCAAGAGCAGAGAGACCAACCCCAAGACCGACAAGGACAGCGACUCGAUCUGCGAGCCUGAGAAAUUUGAAGCCGAUGAGGAGGACGAAGCCGAAGAAGCUCUGGCAAGCUCUAUGCCUACCGCAAUCGAACCUGUGCCCAUGGCCAGCCGCUCAAUGCAGGACCAGCACCUCUUCUCCUUGGACUCCCUCAACUUUGGCGAGCCCGUCCGCCACGACCGCUCUUACUACGCCCCCUCCUCGAGCUACACCGACGACUUCACCACCUCACCGGCUCAGCCCUUUGACUACAUGAGUCACGCUUCCUUCUCCUCUCCUGAAGAGCACCGCCCGACUUCCAUGCCUGUGCAGCCGCCAGUAAACCAAUUCGACCCUUGGACAUCGCCCUUUGGCCGUCAAAACCUCUUUGACUACAGCACCGCUGCCGCUACCAGUGCCGCCACCACCCAGACUCUGGCUCCGCCCUCGAUGCCUUACCAGAUGCCCAUGCCUACACAGGACCUUCCCCACCACGGCUCGAGGACGCCUCACAUGGACCCCAUGGCUCUCAAGGCUCCUGCCUACCCUGGCUCUCUCACGCAUAGUCACAUGAUGCCCGCCCACAAUAUCUAA